AUCCGAACAGAUUCAAUCUCAAGCACUGGCAGCAGUGAACAGUAGUUCGGGUGCGGAACAAGCCAGGAAAGUUAGCGUUGAAUCGAAAUAUACCGGUUCUGUGACCUUUCGGUGAAUUAUCCACUUUGCACCAUGUCCAGCGCUCUGCCUAUUCGUUAUCGCUUUGUGCACCUCCUCCUGAUGAUCGUCGGGAUUAUCCACGUGACCACCACCGCGGAAGAGGAUGCUCGCGACAAUACACUUUUGCGCGUUAAACGGCAGAGCGGCGCCUUCACCCGCACCUACACCUUCACACCGCAGUCGUGCAACGCCGGCUCGAUCGCCGGCGCCGUUUCGGCCAGCGGCGCCACGUACUACUCGGUGCAGACUCCCAACUCCAACAUCGGCGUCACCUCGACGACGGGCAACAUCUUCCUGGCCAACUACCUCACCCGCGGCGUCCCCUACACCGUCACCAUCCAGGCCUGGGCCAACCAGGCCGCCUUCAACAACGGCGCCGGCACCAAUCCCCUGGGCACCACCACCGUCACCGUCACCUGCCAGGUGGCCAGCAGUACCCCCGGCGGGACCCCCACCGGGGCCGUGGGGAGCGCCCCGGUGGCGGGCACCCAGGCUCUGACCGCCACCAGCUGCAGCGUUCCCGGCACUUUCGUCGGCAGCGCCACCGCCACCAGCGCCACCGCCGUGACCUACGCUGCGGUCACCACCGGGUCGCCGUUCACGGUGGCCACCAACGGGCAGAUCACCCUCAACCAGGUCACCUCCGGCACCCAGACGCUCGUUGUCAGAGCCACCAACGCGUACGGCAGCACGCAGUUCCAGGUGCAGAUCACCUGUCCAAGCAGCACCGCCGCGGUCUUCCCGGCCUUCACCUCGCCCCUGUACACCAUGUCGGCGUCACCCUGCACGGCUGGUGCCAUCGUCGGCACCGUCAUCGCGACCCCCACCGGCACCGUCAACUACCAACUGGCCUCCGCCGCCCCGGUCACCGUCAACUCCGCCACCGGCCAGAUCCAGCUGACCUCGGCGCCCAUUACCAGCCCCUUCAACUUCGCCGUCACCGCCAGCAACAGCCGCGGCACCACGGCGACGACGGUGAGCCUGACCUGCACCAGUAGCUCUAGCGGGGGCACAACCCCCAACCGCAUCUACUUCACGGUCCCGGUGUACACCUUCUAUCCGACCGGGACGGCGUGCAACGCCGGCGGGGUGCUGGGACAGGUCGGGGUGGUGGGCGCCACUACGGCGCCGACGUUUACCAUCACCUCCACCAAUCCCGGGUACGCCAUCAGUCAAGCCGGCGUCAUCACCAACCCCACGACGGGCCCGGUGUCCGGGACGUACACCGUGCAGGCUUCGGCCAACAGCGGCCAGACCGCCACGGCCACCUUCAUCGUCAACCGGAUGUUCUGCACGACCAGCAGCGGCGGGACCACCGGCACGUGUCCGGCCUUCGCCCAGACGUCCUACACCUUCACCCCCGCCGGCGGCUGCGGCUUCUUCGCGCCCAUCGGCACAGUGUCGGCUACCUGCUCCACGGGGGGCGCGGUCACGUAUUCGCUGCCCUUCGCCGCCGUUAACAAUUUCGGCAUCGACCCCACUAGCGGGUCGCUGUACGCCACGGCCCCCAGCACCACCUGCCAGACGGUGACGGUGACGGCUACCGUGCAGGAUGGGACGUCACGGACCAGCACCGCGCAGGUGGCCAUCGCCUGCAACGGCGGCACCUGCACACCCACCACAGGCGGAUCAACGGGCUGCACGCAAGUGGGACAACCAGGUUGCGGCGAUAUUGGCUAACGAAGUCGCUGUGUGCGAAAUGACCAAAUGGCGUUCUCAGCCAGGAAAUGCCGGCUUUGUUACAGCCCUGCUCAGCCAAGUUGGGGCAGUUUUGUUAAAUAAUUAUAAAAUAAUUGUAUACAUUGUUUCGUUUUUGAAUUUGCAGUUAUCUAGUGUAACUUUUUACGGCAAAUCUAGGAGUUUUAAAACCGGUACCCCUUGGUGUGCCAGUAGGGAGCCGAGCACUGGUUAAGGGGAUGGUGUGGUGGUCAUUUUUAGGAUGCUUAUAACGGCCCCUCUGAAGAAUACACCAACAGAUAUUUUUACGUGAGCUUUUCUGGAAAGUCCUAAGCGAACCGAAGCCUGUCCGUUAUGGGUUCGCAAAAAAAUCUAGCGCGAUCAGUGCUCGGGCUGGCCGUGAAACAAUGUGCACUUCCCAUAGGAUUGUAUGCUAAGACCUACCUGCCGAAGAAUGCGGUUGCCUAGCGCACAGACCAAAGUAACUUCAAUUUGAUAUUUGCCAUGAAUAAAGCAUGGACC